AUGCUGCGUCGUCAAGCCCGGGAGCGCCGCGACUAUCUCUACCGGAGAGCCCUCCAACUUCGCGAUGCUUCCAUUGCUGAGAAGCGAGCCCAGUUGAAGGCUGCGUUGGCCUCUGGAAAACCUCUCGAUCCUUCGAUUGCAAAUGACAAGUCUCUUCGAGAAGAUUUUAAGUUUGACGAAUCGAAAGAUUCAAAUGAGGUUGAUAUUGACGACGAAUAUGCCUUGACAUCCGGCGUCGUCGAUCCUCGCCCGCUGGUCACAACGUCUCGUUCGCCCUCUGCUCGCCUCGGUGCCUUUGCCAAAGAGAUUCGCCUCCUCCUCCCAACCUCUAUUCGUCUGAACCGUGGUAAUCUCGUUCUUCCUGAUCUGGUUUCGAGCGCAACCUCGGCUGCUCUUUCCGACAUGAUUCUGCUGCACGAGCACCGUGGUACUCCUACCGCUCUUACAAUUUCACACCUUCCACACGGCCCGACAGCCAGCUUCUCUCUCCACAAUGUGCUUUUGCGAGCGGACAUCCCGAAUUCGGAUCGUGGCACGGUUUCCGAGAGUUAUCCUCAUCUCAUCUUUGAGGGCUUCACAACCAAAUUGGGCCUUCGUGUUGUACAAAUCUUGAAGCAUCUCUUCCCGCCGCGUGAGCCCAGCAAGGUUGGCACUCGUGUUGUGAGCUUCGUCAACAAAGAAGAUAGCAUCGAGGUGCGACACCAUGUCUUCGUGAAGACAGAUUACCGGCGUGUGGAACUUGCCGAGGUCGGCCCGCGCAUGACAAUGCGUCUGUUUGAGAUUCGCGGAGGAACUCUCGAAAAAGGUUCUACUGGUGACGUUGAAUGGGCUCUCACACAGUAUACCAGAACCAGCAGGAAAAAGGACUACCUUUGA